GUUCACAAAAGGUAUUGGGGUAUAACAGUAUGCACCAGACCUGUACUAGGCUUCAUCAUGAUUUUUCCAAGACGGUAUUGGGCUUGAAACAUGAUUUUACCAAAAGUUUUUGGUCUGUAAGUUUGUUGUUUGUUUGUUUUUAUUGGGGGCUGUAGCAUGAAUUUCCAAAGAGAUCUAUUAUAAUGGGUUUAACAUGAAUUGUCCAAAAGGUAUUCGGGUAUCACGCUGUAAUAUAAUCAAUUAGAUCAAUAGAGUUCUCACACCAAUCACGUGUUUGUUUUAUAUUUCAGAUAAACCAUUAACUGCUCAGCUGAAAAUCUGUGUGAUUCGUCUGCCCUUGGGAAGAAGACAGCAGUUGUUGAAGAGUUCUUGACCUACUAAAAAAAAAAAUUCAGCACUUUAAUCUGAAGUGUUGCCUGUCGCCAGGAGUUCCGCUGUUGCCGUAAGUUUAUCAGAGUUAUAUUAGCAGAACAUACAUGAUCACUUUUGAUACUUGAAUAAAUAACAACUUGAAGUUUGUUCAUAGAUGCAAAAUUGCCGAUAAGCGUAAAAAUUAUACCAUUAUCGCUAGAGAAAUGAUUAGUUCAGCUAUUAAUAGAAUGGUCCCAUCCUCUGGAUGUAGUCCCACUUUCAGGCUGUAAUUCCAUUCUCUGAUUGUAUUCACAUUCUCUGACUAUAGUCUCAUUCUCUGGCUGCAGUCUCACUCUCUGGCUGCAGUCUCACUCUCUGGCUAUAGUCUCAUUCUCUGAAUGUAGUCUAAUUCUCUGAAUGUAGUAUCAUUCUCUUGCUGUAGUCUCAUUCUCUGGCUGUAGUCCCACUCUCUGGCUGAAGUCCCAUUCUCUGACUGUAGUCUCAUUCUCUGGCUAUAGUCCCAUUCUCUGACUGUAGUCUCAUUCUCUGGCUAUAGUCUCAUUCUCUGGCUGUAGUCUUAUUCUCUUACUGUAGUCUUAUUCUCUGGCUGUAGUCUUAUUCUCUUACUGUAGUCUUAUUCUCUGGCUGUAGUCUUAUUCUCUGGCUGUAGUCUCAUUCUCUGGCUGUAGUCUUAUUCUCUGGCCGUAGUCUUAUUCUCCUACUGUAGUUUAAUUCUCUUACUGUAGUCUUAUUCUCUUACUGUAGUCUUAUUCUCUUACUGUUGUCUUAUUCUCUGGCAGUAGUCUUAUUCUCUGGCUGUAGUCUCAUUCUCUGGCUGUAGUCUCAUUCUCUGGCUGUAGUCUCAUUCUCUGGCAGUAGUCUCAUCCUCUGGCUGUAGUCUUAUUCUCUUACUGUAGUCUUAUUCUAUGGCUGUAGUCUUAUUCUCUUAAUGUAGUCUUAUUCUCUUACUGUAGUCUUAUUCUCUUACUCUAGUCUUAUUCUCUUACUGUAGUCUUAUUCUCUUACCGUGGUACCAUUUGUGUUGAUUUUUGUAAUGGGAUUUAGUUACUAAAACACUAACAAUGUGUGUAAGUCAACAGUAUUAAGCAAGAUAACAGUAAUACGUAAGUUAACAAAUAUUUUUAGAGUUAACAGUAUCAUGAGCAUGGUUUGGAUUUAGUAAUUUGACAUUGUAAAAAUAUAAACGUUGCGGCGACAUGCCUUCCUAUUUUUCUUUUAAUUAAUAAUUAAUAAAAUACUUUGUUGCUUUAACAAAUUGUUUGUGUUUUAGAAUACUUCAGCAUUAUGUAAAAGCAACUCCGUGAUAAUUAUAUGCAUUAAAGUAACCGACAACGCUAUGGGAUGCUGACAAAGACAUGUCAUUAUAGAGACAGAAGGACAUCUCUACAACUCCAUCAGAUGCUGACAAAGACAUGUCAUUAUAGAGACAGAAGGACAUCUCUACAACUCCAUCGGAUGCUGACAAAGACAUGUCAUUAUAGAGACAGAAGGACAUCUCUACAACUCCAUCGGAUGCUGACAAAGACAUGUCAUUAUAGAGACAGAAGGACAUCUCUACAACUCCAUCAGAUGCUGACAAAGACAUGUCAUUAUAGAGACAGAAGGACAUCUCUACAACUCCAUCGGAUGCUGACAAAGACAUGCCCUUAUAGAGACAGAAGGACAUCUCUACAACUCCAUCGGAUGCUGACAAAGACAUGUCAUUAUAGAGACAGAAGGACAUCUCUACAACUCCAUCAGAUGCUGACAAAGACAUGCCAUUAUAGAGACAGAAGGACAUCUCUACAACUCCAUCAGAUGCUGACAAAGACAUGUCAUUAUAGAGACAGAAGGACAUCUCUACAACUCCAUCGGAUGCUGACAAAGACAUGUCAUUAUAGAGACAGAAGGACAUCUCUACAACUCCAUCGGAUGCUGACAUAGACAUGUCAUUAUAGAGACAGAAGGACAUCUCUACAACUCCAUCGGAUGCUGACAAAGACAUGUCAUUAUAGAGACAGAAGGACAUCUCUACAACUCCAUCGGAUGCUGACAAAGACAUGCCAUUAUAGAGACAGAAGGACAUCUCUACAACUCCAUCGGAUGCUGACAAAGACAUGUCAUUAUAGAGACAGAAGGACAUCUCUACAACUCCAUCGGAUGCUGACAAAGACAUGUCAUUAUAGAGACAGAAGGACAUCUCUACAACUCCAUCGGAUGCUGACAAAGACAUGUCAUUAUAGAGACAGAAGGACAUCUCUACAACUCCAUCGGAUGCUGACAAAGACAUGUCAUUAUAGAGACAGAAGGACAUCUCUACAACUCCAUCGGAUGCUGACAAAGACAUGUCAUUAUAGAGACAGAAGGACAUCUCUACAACUCCAUCGGAUGCUGACAAAGACAUGUCAUUAUAGAGACAGAAGGACAUCUCUACAACUCCAUCGGAUGCUGACAAAGACAUGUCAUUAUAGAGACAGAAGGACAUCUCUACAACUCCAUCGGAUGCUGACAAAGACAUGUCAUUAUAGAGACAGAAGGACAUCUCUACAACUCCAUCGGAUGCUGACAAAGACAUGUCAUUAUAGAGACAGAAGGACAUCUCUACAACUCCAUCGGAUGCUGACAAAGACAUGUCAUUAUAGAGACAGAAGGACAUCUCUACAACUCCAUCGGAUGCUGACAAAGACAUGUCAUUAUAGAGACAGAAGGACAUCUCUACAACUCCAUCGGAUGCUGACAAAGACAUGUCAUUAUAGAGACAGAAGGACAUCUCUACAACUCCAUCGGAUGCUGACAAAGACAUGUCAUUAUAGAGACAGAAGGACAUCUCUACAACUCCAUCGGAUGCUGACAAAGACAUGCAAUUAUAGAGACAGAAGGACAUCUCUACAACUCCAUCGGAUGCUGACAAAGACAUGUUCUUUAUAGAAACAGAAGGACAUCUCUACAACUCCAUCGGAUGCUGACAAAGACAUGCCAUUAUAGAGACAGAAGGACAUCUCUACAACUCCAUCGGAUGCUGACAAAGACAUGCCCUUAUAGAGGCAGAAGGGCAUGUCUACAACUCCAUCGGAUGCUGACAAAGACAUGCCCUUAUAGAGGCAGAAGGGCAUGUCUACAACUCCAUCGGAUGCUGACAGCGACAUGACCUUAUAGAUACAGAAGGACAUCUCUACAACUCCAUCGGAUGCUGACAACGGCAUGCCCUUAUAGCAGUGGUUCUCAACCUUUCUAGUGCCGCGACCCCUUAAUACUGUUUCUCGUGUUGUGGCAACCCCAAGCCACACAAUUAUUUUCGUUGCUUAUACUUCAUAACUGUAAGGAUAUAUGUUUUCAGAUGGUCUUAGGCGACCCCUGGAAAAGGGUCCCGCGACCCUCAAAGGGGUCGCGACCCACAGGUUGAGAACCGCUGCCUUAUAGAGACAGAAGGACAUACAUAGUAUGAGUCAUACACUCACGACACCACCACUUUACUUUAGCUGCAAUGAGUACAAGUUUUCCAGACGCAGGGAGGCAUGGUGGAGGCAUAGCGGAGGCUUGGUGGAGGCAUGGUGGAGGCAUAGUGGAGGCAUGGUGGUGCCUCACUCUGUACUCACUGCUGCAACUUUCCCCAUGCUGUCCAUGUCACCACGCAGGGAUUCAUGGUGGAGGCAUGGUGGAGGCAUGAUGGAGUCCCACUCUGUAUUUACCACUUCCACUGUAUACAUGCUGUCCAUGUCAGCUGUUCAUCAUUCAGUGCCACAUGUGAUAUUACAUUUAUUAAACUAAUGCUAUGUGGUAUUGUCAUGCAUUUCUUAAUAUUUCCCUUCAACAUUAACAAAGAACCAAUUCAUUGAGUAGAUAUAUACAGGGAAAAACGGUUGUUGAGGUUGAGUAGAUAUGUAGGGUAAAAAACAAUUGUUUAUUAGAUAUAUAGGGGGAAAACAAUUGUUUAUUAGAUAUAUAGGGGGAAAACAAUUGUUUAUUAGAUAUAUAGGGGGAAAACAAUUGUUUAUUAGAUAUAUAGGGGGAAAACAAUUGUUUAUUGGAUAUAUAGGGGAAAAACAAUUGUUUAUUAGAUAUAUAGGGGGAAAACAAUUGUUUAUUAGAUAUAUAGGGGAAAACUUGUGUGAAACGUUGGUUUGUUCUACUACCAUGAAUUAGGUGAUUAAGAUAACGCACAGAUCUAACUACUGUUGCAGGGACUCUCAAACUUGUGUGAAACGUUGGUUUGUUCUACUACCAUGAAUUAGGUGAUUAAGAUAACGCACAGAUCUAACUACUGUUGCAGGGACUCUCAAACUUGUGUGAAAAUAAAUAAUGUUUGAAAAGAGCCGUUCGUGGGAUCUUAACGUUUGGUCUAAAAUAUGGGUGAAUCUUAAAGCCACCUUUCAGACCACUAAUGAAAAACAUAUUUUUUCUAGAUCUGAAGUCACCGAACAUUCUGCUGGGAUGUUGUGUUGGACAUUUUUACUGUUGACAUUGCUGGCGUCAGCCCAAGCAGGUAUACUUUUACGUGUUAAUUGAGAGAUGGUUAUCGUUUGAGUUAAUGGGUGUAGAAUUGUGUCGCAACAAAUCAAAUUUUAUAGAAAAAAAAACAUCUAUACAUUUUUUUUCUCGACCAAUGAAUACCCAAGCAUGUAGCAGUGGUCGCACCAAGCGAGAACUCAGGGGAGCAUGGAUAGCCACCGUCAGUAACAUUGACUGGCCAAAGUCCAGCACCAGGUCAACCAGUCAAAACCAGGCAGAUCUAAGGAGUUUACUUGACAAACUGCAAGCUGCUACCAUCAACGCGGUCUUCUUCCAAGUAAGUGUUGGACAGACUGAAAUAAAAAAAAUAAAAAAAAUAACGGGUAAAUGACGACUCUAGUGCUUCACAAAGUUUGACAGCAGUCUCAAAAUUGACAUCGCCUUAUCAUUUUAUCUUCUCUCUCUCUCUCUCUCUCUCUCCCCUCUCUCUCUCUCUCUCUCUCUCUCUCAAUCUCGACGUAUCCACACUUCCAGCCAUCCAUCCUAUGGCCUGUCCAUUCACAUCCUUUGGUCCAUUAAUCCAACCAUCGUUUGAUCUUUUCACUCCAUCCAUCCAUCAGUACUUUAUCCAUAAAUAUCAAUCGUUGUAUCUGCCUGUUUACCCCUUUCCAUCUAUCAAUACCUAUAUCCAUGCAUUUAUACGCAAAUCCCUACAAACAUGAAUCGAUCCAUUGAUAAGUCCACCCAUCCACUUAGCUAUCAAUUCAACUUUAUAUCCAUCCAUUGAUCAGAUCAAUCCAUUUAUCAGUCUACGCAACCAUCAGUCCAUCCAUCCAUCAGUCCAUUCAUCAAUCAGUCCAUUUAUCAAUCAGUCCAUUCAUCCAUCAGUCCAUCCAUCAACCCAUCCAUCCACCAACCCAUCCAUCCGCUCAUCCAUCCACUCAUCGAUCAAUCAAUAUAUCUGUCCAUCCAUCCACGUAUACAUCAAAGCAUUGAACUAUCUACUCACCAUCCAUCCAUCCUCUCAUCCACCCAUCCAUCAGUCCAUUGAUCCAUAUAUCCAUUAAUCAGUCCAUCCACCCAUUCUCUAAUCCAUCCAUCCACCAUUCAAUCCACUCAUCCACUUAUCCACCCAUCCAUCAGUCCAUCCCUCCACCCAUCCAUUGAUGUACUGUCCACAGGUUCGUCCAGCCGGUGACGCCUUCUAUCAGUCCAACAUUGAGCCAUGGAGCCAGUGGUUGACUGGAAGUCAGGGUACAGCCCCAAAUCCCAUUUGGGAUCCUCUGCAAUAUCUCAUCGAUGAAGCUCAAAAGAGAAGCAUGGAGGUCCACGCGUGGUUUAAUCCUUACAGGUAACAGAUUAGUCACCUAUUCAAAUUGACUUUAAGGUUUGAGUUUAAAUCUCAUUGCGUGAAAACGAGGCAAGAGCGUGAACCAAAAGUAUUUCAUACUUGAGUCUAAGAGCACUGAGUCAGGUCACAUAUAUUCUGAUGAACAUAUAGUCUUAAAGGAGACUUGACCAUACAUUAAAUUAUUCCCAAACGUCUUUCCUCAGGGCAAAGUCUGGCUCCACCUCUACUUCCGGUCUUGCAGCCAAUCAUAUGGCCAGAGCCAUCCCAGCCCACGCGCAUGCUUACGGUAACAACCUCUGGAUGGAUCCUGGAAGUAAAGAAGUGCAGGUUGGUAAGGUUUGAGGACCAUUAACAGCAAAGACAGAAAACAAGAAGUAAAUAAGGAGGGUGUUUACGGUACAAUCACUUUAGUAUUUCCAUCUUGUUGCUGUCUUACAUUCUUGUACGUUGUCCUAUCUGGGCAUAUGCCAUGUAGUCUCACCACCACCAGCAUAGAUCUGUGCAAAUAGCCUGUAGUCUCACCAUCACCAGCAUAGAUCUGAACAUAUAUCCUGUAGUCUCACCAUCACCAGCAUAGAUCUGAACAUAUAUCCUGUAGUCUCACCACCACCAACCUAGAUCUGUGCAAAUAGCCUGUAGUCUCACCACCACCAGCAUAGAUCUGUGCAAAUAGCCUGUAGUCUCACCAUCACUACCAGCAUAGAUCUGGACAUAUAUCAUGUAGUCUCACCAUCACUACCAGCAUAGAUCUGGACAUAUAUCCUGUAGUCUCACCAUCACCACCAGCAUAGAUCUGUGCAAAUAGCCUGUAGUCUCACCAUCACCAGCAUAGAUCUGUGCAAAUUGCCUGUAGUCUCACCACCACUAGCUUAGAUCUGUGCAAAUAGCCUGUAGUCUCACCAUCACCAGCAUAGAUCUGUGCAUAUUUCCUGUAGUCUCACCAUCACUACCAGCAUAGAUCAGGACAUAUAUCCUGUAGUCUCACCAUCACUACCAGCAUAGAUCUGGACAAAUAUCCUGUAGUCUCACCAUCACCACCAGGAUACAAAUCAAUGUAAACACUUAGCAUUGAGACGAUGACACAAUGACGCAAGAGAUGAUAACAAGCAAGAGAAUGUGAUAAAGAUAAAGACGAGUAGAGAUAGAGGGAGAGAGAGAGAGAGAGAGAGAGAGAGAGAGAGAGAGAGAUAGUGAGAGAGGCAGAGAUGAGAGAAAGAUGAAGGAGGAACUGAGAGAGAGAGAGAGAGAGAGAGAGAGAGAGAGAGAGAGAGAGAGAGAGAGAGAGAGAGAGAGAGAGAGAGAGAAAAAAAAGAAAAAGGAGGAGGAGAGAGAGAGAGAGAGAGAGAGAGAGAGAGAGAGAGAGAGAGAGAGAGAGAGAGAGAGAGAGAGAGAGAGAAAGACAUGGAGAUGCGAUUGCAAUAAACUCAUCCCUUGUGCAGUGCUCUCUCAAAGUAGGUCAUCUAAAAAUGACUUUACUUAUAGACAACUCAUGAUUAUGAUCCGAUUGUGUACAUCAAGUCGUAGUCUCAAAUAAAUUUGUUAUGAAUGUGCUAUCAUUGCGUACAUCGGGCUACAAUCUCAUAUACCCUAGUUAUGAAUGUAAUGUUACUGUGUACAUCUCCCCCCCUCCCGUCAAUCCCACAGGACAGAGUCACUAACGUCAUCCUGGACGUGGUCAAGCGUUAUGACAUUGACGGUGUCCACAUGGACGACUACUUCUACCCCUACCCUACAGCUGAUCGUUUUCCUGACACAAGCACGUACAAUGCUUACAAGGUGAGUACCCCGGCCAUGUGUCAAUUGUCAGAAUCUCUGAACAAGUAGCAUUUUUUAAUAGUUCAGACUGAGUGAGACCCGCUGAUAUAUUCUGAAAUUGUACCCCAAUGCCCAAAAUGUUGAAUUUAUAUUAUAUGAGUUUGAUAUCACAAUCACAAUGAGUUGAUUAUUGCUUGGAUGACAGUUGAUUGGGUGAAGAUUAUUUGGCCGAUAGUUGAUUGUGUGAUCAUUGUAUGGAGGAAAGAUGGUUUGAGUUGAAUGCUAAGUGAACUCUGGAUUUGUUGAUGAUCGGCUGGAUGGCAAUCGUUUGGUAUUGAAUAAAGUCUAUUAACUAACCAGUGAUUUAGUGAAGGUUGAUUGUUUGAUGUAUGAUUGUAUGAAAGGUGAUUGUUUGAUGCAUGAUUGUAUGAAGGUUGAUUGUUUGAUGCAUGAUGGCAUGAAGGUUGUUUGAUGUAUGAUUGUGUGAAAGGUGAUUGUUUGAUGCAUGAUUGUAUCAAUUUUUUUAUUUUUUUGUUUGUUUGGUGCAUGAUUUUAUGAAGGUUGAUUUGAUCAAUUUCGAAUAGAUAAAAGUUGUUUGAAUGAUGUUUCCUUAAAAAAAAUUUUCAUUUUGGUCAAGGUUCAUUGGAUGAUUGAGUGGCUUAACUUUAAGGUUACUGACGACCGGGUGGGCAAAGUUUUUUUUACCUCCACGCUAGUAUAAAAAAACAUACUCUAAAGCAGUGCUUCCCAACCUGUUUUGUGACAUUCCCCAACUAAGCCUUUCUCAAAUUCUUAUGCCCCCCACCCCCUGCCCAUUUAUCAUAUACAUAUUUUUUUAAUAUUCCAAACUAGGGUUGUUCACUGAAGAAACGUACAUGAUUUUACAACACUUUUGACGAACGCUUAUUUUAAAUUGAGAAUUUACAAUUCUUCUUUUAAAAUACAAGUGAAAUCAUAGCAGACGAUUUGUCUUCAAAAUCUAGACAGCUCAUUUUUUAAUUGCCCCCCCCCCCCAAAAAAAUAAACUAGGGUUUUUCACUGAAAAAACGUACAUGAUUUUACAACACUUUUGACGAACGCUUAUUUUAAAUUGAAAAUUUACAAUUCUUUUUUUAAAAUACAAGUGAAAUCAUAGCAGACGAUUUGUCUUCAAAAUCUAGACAGCUCAUUUUUUAAUUGCCCCCCCCCCCCAAAAAAAAAAACAACAACAAUGAAAUUGCCCCCCUCCCCCCGGUGGGGCGUGGGCCCCACGUUGCCACCUUGGGAAACAGGGCUCUAAAGAAUGCCCAAAAAGCCACCCCUCAGUAUAAAUAAAGAGCCCUGAAAGUGACGAACCGCCCCCUCCAACACCCCCACCCCCUCUCAAACCACCACCACAAUUCCAUGCCACUGCGUUGAUUGGUUGAGAGUUGAUUUGGCUGUGAUUGAUUGGUCGAGAGUUGAUUUGGCUGUGAUUGAUUGGUUGAGAGUUGAUUUGGCUGUGAUUGAUUGGUUGAGAGUUGAUUUGGCUGGGAUUGAUUGGUUGAGAGUUGAUUUGGCUGUGAUUGAUUGGUUGAGAGUUGAUUUGGCUGUGAUUGAUUGGUUGAGAGUGUAUUUGGCUGUGAUUGAUUGUUUGAGAGUGGAUUUGGCUGUGAUCUAUUUUUCGAAAGUUGAUUUGGCUGUGAUUGAUUGGUCGAGAGUUGAUUUGGGUGUAAUUGAUUGAUUGAGAGUUUAUUUGGCUGUGAUUGAUUGGAUGAUCGUUGAUUGGGAUCCGGUCAAUAUGUCAGUCAUGUUUUCUGUGGACCCCUCAGAGUUCUGGUGGGACGUUAGCCCUGGCAGACUGGAGACGUGACAAUGUCAACAAACUCAUAGAGAGGCUUUCAACAGGGUAAGUUGUCAAGUUAGUCCUGUCAACAAGGUAAGAGGCCAAGUUAAUGAUGUCAAUAAUUUGUCAAGUUACUACUGCCAACAAGGUAAGUUGUCAAGUUAGUGCUUUCAAUAAUUUGUCAAGUUGCUGCUGCCAACAAGGUAAGUUGUCAAGUUAGUGCUGUCAAUAGGUUGUCAAGUUAGUGUUUCUAACAUGCUCACUUGUUGUUUUACAAGACAAACUGUUUUGGCCAAUCUGACAAAGUGUCUAGUCUAAUCUGACAAAUUGUCUUGUCUAAUCUGACAAAGUGUCUUGUCCAAUCUGACAAAGUGUCAUGUCCAAUCUGACAAAGUGUCUUGGCUAAUCUGACAAAGUGUCUUGUCUAAUCUGCCACCGAGCACAUGUCUUGAUUUGUCUCAUGUCAGUCACUUUUAUUGAUUUUAUACAUUCGCCAUCGACCUCUUCACGUAAACAUUUUGGCAACAUCUGCAGCAUUCAUCAGACUAAAGCGUGGGUCAAGUUUGGCAUCAGUCCCUUUGGUAUCUGGAAAUCUGGCUAUCCCACUGGCGUAUCUGGUAGGUCAAGGUCGUAGGUGCCAUGUUGAAUUAAACUUAAAUUUUAAGAAAUAUUUAAAAUUUUUAUAAUCGACAUCCAUCUGAAAUACAUCAUAUGAAAUCAAGCAAGCAUAUGAAAUCAAGGGCGUGACCCGUUUCGUUUGUUAAUAUUGUAGCCACGCCUAUGUGCUAAAUUGCCUGAAGCAUUGUCUCUCGUAACUUGCAGGUAUGUCAAGCGUCGAUGAAAUCUAUGCCGACUCCAGGCUAUGGCUCCAGAAAGGCUGGCUGGACUACGUGGCCCCACAGCUGUACUGGGUGAUAGAUGGCCCACAGAGCUUCACCAAGCUGGUGGACUGGUGGUCGGACCCCGCCCAGAACCCACUGCACAAACACAUCUACGCAGGAUUGGCCGACUACAGGUUCUUAAGUUACUGUCAUUUAGUGAUAAGGCAUAAAAAGUUUCAGCCCUUGAGAGGAUGAAGGGAGCCGUUUACGAGCCCCCUUACCCAAGAGGAUGAAGGGAGCCGUUUACGAGCCCCCUUACCCAAGAGGAUGAAGGGAGCCGUUUACGAGCCCAUUUACCCAAGAGGAUGAAGGGAGCCGUUUACGAGCCCCCUUACCCAAGAGGAUGAAGGGAGCCGUUUACGAACCCCCAUACCCAAGAAGAUGAANAGAGGAUGAAGGGAGCCGUUUACGAGCCCCCUUACCCAUGAGGAUGAAGGGAGCCGUUUACGAGCCCCCUUACCCACGAGUAUGAAGGGAGCCGUUUACGAGCCCAUUUACCCAAGAGGAUGAAGGGAGCCGUUUACGAGCCCCCUUACCCAAGAGGAUGAAGGGAGCCGUUUACGAGCCCCCUUACCCAAGAGGAUGAAGGGAACCGUUUACGAGCCCCCUUUCCCAGGAGGAUGAAGGGAGCCGUUUAAAAUCACACUACGACUUAAAGUAGAUGACUUCAUAUCAAUCUCAUACAUCACAUAACAAACAACAAACCACAGAACACCAUCAAAAACUUCCCAUAAAAGUAAGCAUGCAUAAUAUGAAAACAAGGAUCUUACAUGAUAAACAACAAACAUCACAAAACAAAUCACGUACUUCAAACAAUGAAAAGGAAUCCUACCUUUUUUAAAUAACAAACACGACGUUUGGGUGUACAUCGGGGCAAAUCUCGUUGCUCUCUGCAGGAUCGAGGAGAACAACUGGAGCACGUCCGAGAUCGUCCAUCAAAUCCAACAGGUUCAGAUCAGAACCAGUCGUAACGUGUGGGGCGCCGUACAUUUUAGUGCUAACGACGUGGAGCUGAGUGCCCAUGUAAGUAUGACCUACAUACAUUGACGUGGAGCUGAGUGCCCAUGUAAGUAUGACCUACAUACAUUGACGUGAAGCUGAGUGCCCAUGUAAGUAUGACUUACAUACAUUGACGUGGAGCUGAGUGCCCAUGUAAGUAGGACCUACAUACAUUGACGUGGAGCUGAGUGCCCAUGUAAGUAGGACCUACAUACAUUGACGUGGAGCUGAGUGCCCAUGUAAGUAGGACCUACAUACAUUGACGUUUACCUUGACCAAAUGCCAGCUGGACAAGAGCCCCAGCACACGGCAGACCCAACACACCAUAGCCCCGACACACCAUAGCCCCGACACACCAUAGCCCCGACACACCAUAGCCCCGACACACCAUAGACCCGACACACCAUAGCCCCGACACACCAUAGCCCCGACACACCAUAGCCACGACACACCAUAGCCCCGACACACCAUAGCCCCGACACACCAUAGCCCCGACACACAUCCACUGUGUCUAAUUUUGGUAAAUAAACAUUAAAGAAAUUUCUAUCUGAGGAGGUAAGCCACAAACGCCCUAGUCAUGCCACUGACUACAUCAUUUAACCACUAGUGCCCUAGUCAUGCCACUGACUACAUCAUUUAACCAUUAGUGCCCUAGUUAGGCCACUGACAAGAUCCUUUAACCACUUGCGCCCUAGUCAUGCCACUGACUACAUCAUUUAACCGUUUGCGCCCUAGUUAGGCCACUGACUACAUCAUUUAACCGUUCGCGCCCUAGUUAGGCCACUGACAAGAUCCUUUAACCACUAGCGCCCUAGUCAUGCCACUGACUACAUCAUUUAACCGUUUGCGCCCUAGUUAGGCCACUGACUAAAUCAUUUAACCGUUUGCGCCCUAGUUAGGCCACUGACUACAUCAUUUAACCGUUCGCGCCCUAGUUAGGCCACUGACUACAUCAUUUAACCGUUUGCGCCCUAGUUAGGCCACUGACUACAUCAUUUAACCGUUUGCGCCCUAGUUAGGCCACUGACUACAUCAUUUAACCGUUCGCGCCCUAGUUAGGCCACUGCCAAGAUCCCUUAACCACUAGUGCCCUAGUCAUGCCACUGACUACAUCCUUUAACCACUAGUGCCUCAGUGAUGCCACUAACUAUAUCAUUUAACCAUUAGUGCCCUAGACAUGCCACUGACUACAUCAUUUAACCGUUUGCGCCCUAGUUAGGCCACUGACUACAUCAUUUAACGUUCGCGCCCUAGUUAGGCCACUGACAAGAUCCCUUAACCACUAGUGCCCUAGUCAUGCCACUGACUACAUCCUUUAACCACUAGUGCCUUAGUCAUGUCACUAACUAUAUCAUUUAACCAUUAGUGCCCUAGACAUGCCACUGACUACAUCAUUUAACCGUUCGCGCCCUAGUUAGGCUAUUGACAAGAUCCUUUAACCACUAGCGCCCUAGUCAUGCCACUGACUACAUCCUUUAACCGUUCGCGCCCUAGUUAUGCCACUGAUUACAUCAUUUUUGUUUUUUAAAAAAAAAUGUUCUAAUUUAUUGGUUUUGAAUUCCUCUACACAGACGUUUCUACAAGAUUCAAUUUCUUUAGCAUAAAUUAAUGUCAACAUUCUGAUUCUUCCCUAUUUGUGUUGAUUUCUCUCUCCUUCGCUUAACGUCCAGGGUCUGACAACUGCUCUCAAAUCUAACGUCUACACGGGGCCCACUCUCCCGGCCGUCUACUACUUCAGAGGAGGGGUUACCGCCCCUGCUGCCCCCACCGUGACCGCCAACGGAGGGACGCUGAGCUGGAGCGGAAGUCUGAAAGCGAACGUCCGCUACUGGGCGGUGUACCGCAGCACCUCCAACACAUGCGCACUGGUCAAAGUCCUGGACGUGUCCACCACGUCCUACUCUGUGACAGGGUCUGGAGAUUAUGUGGUGACAGCUGUCAAUAGGAUUGGCGUUGAGACAGAUGGGAAUGUCGUGACGGUGACCACUGUCGUUGGAUAGGUGAUGUGCCGGAAUGCUGUACAUUUAUGACAACUAUGUCAAUUUAUAAAUAAAUAUAUGUAUAAACAAGUAUUCCUUACGUCAUGAAUUCUAAUAUUUUU